AUGCAUAGAGCUAAAGUGUUGGUGGAUGGUGUUGAAUACACAUCUAAGUUGACACAUUCAACUAAAAAGCAAGCUGAGCAGGAAGUUGCAAAAAUUGCUUAUGAAUCAAUUAUUCAUCAAGAAACUGAAGUUGAAACUUUUUCGUUUCUAUACGAGGACCCUACGUUGUGCAAAUCUAUUCCAAAUGAAUUUGCCCUCAAGAAGAAAAUGAAGCCUACAUAUAAUAUGAGAAGUCAGUCAAGAGGGCAAAAUCUAGUUUUUAUUUGCCACCUUGCUUUUGGUGGUAAAACUUAUAAAGGUGAAGAAGCUGGAAAUAAGAAAUUGGCAGAGCAUUUAGCUGCUCGAACCGCAAUCAAAUCGCUAUUAGAUAUUCUUUCACCAAUAAUCAAGUCCAAAGUUAUUGAUGAUCAUUCGCCUAAAUGCUCAGGUAAUUUAGAAGGUGAAAGUUCAAGUGGACAGAAGCAUAACGCCAACACCAACAACAACGGAAGGAACAAAAAGAGAAGAUUUGGCAACUGA